UCACUAUCAGGCACACCUGUCACCUGUGUCUAUAUCAGAUAUCACCGACGUACUAUAAACUACUAUAAACUUCUUAAGGGGUUAUUUGAUUACCAUUUUCGCUGUCACACUCGAUCAUGUCUUACUCUAUUACCGGGGGUGGUGGCGGCGGUCAGACUGCGGUCGCUGCAUUAUCACAUAGCUGUUCGACAAUCCCGAACACACCCGAUGUGAUCAAUUCGCUGAUAUCCUUGAUGGAUCCAUUCCAAAAUUUCCCCAGCAACGGGCCACUGGCGUCUGAAGACUCUUCCGGUUCGACUUGUUCCCCAGUGUCAACGUGUUCCCCUGUGUCGACGUGUUCUCCCGUUUCGACGUGCUCCCCCGUGUCGCCGACGGCCAGGAUGCAGAGCAUCUGUUCCAGUUUGAAGAUAAAAGAGGAGCUCAAGAUGGCCAUCCGGUCCAAACAGAGGAACGCAGUGAUAGGAACCACGACAUCGUCGUGCGCCGGUGGAAGUCCGAUAAAACCAGGCGGAACGAUCACUUCCGGCGCUUGUGCGAUGAUCGUGGCGGCCACGGCGUCGGCUGGUUUAGUCGCCUCUUCGCCGGGUGGCGGACACGCAAAAAAGCGACGGACCGACGAGGAGUCUCACGGUGACGACGACUACGACGACGAUGACGGAGAUGAUGUAUCAUCACAUGGCGAAGGACUAACGGCCGAAGACGAAGAGAGGAGAAGACGGCGGCGGGAACGCAACAAGAUAGCGGCGACCAAGUGCCGUCUGAAAAAACGCGAAAAGACUACGAAUCUGAUGCAAGAAUCGAACGUGUUGGAGACGAAAAACUACGACCUAAAGUCGCAGAUCCAGGAUCUGGAAACGCAGAGGAACGAACUGAUGAAGAUGCUCUCGGCGCACCCUUGUGCCAAAAGGCACCCUCACCAACAUCAUCAACAGCACCAACAGCAGCACCACCAGCAUCAACCACAACAUCAGCAGCAGCUCCAAGAGCAGUACUCGGUGGAACCUUAUGCGAACGACCCUUAUCGCCAACACAACCAUGURGCCGUCGAUCCACCGGUACUUAAAGACGCCAUGUUUAACGGCGGCGUUGGUUACGCUCCGGUGGUAUCAGUGGCCGACCAACCGUCUGGCGUGUACCAUCGGCCGGCUACUACGACGGCCGCGUCCAUGGCCACCGUACAUUAUCCAACUGUAGGCGUGGGGGGUGUUGGUAACGUUUAUGGGUCUUGUGUGGACGAAUUGUACGAUUACAACAAAGACUUGAUUUCCGGCGCGGGUGGAGGACCACCGGAAUUAAGUCAUCAGUAUUACGACCACGGUAUAUGUUGAUAUAAUUAUGCGUAUACCGCGUAUUCCCUUUAUUUYACGCCCACCCACCAAAGUCCGAUUUUCAAACAUUGGAAUAAUAUUAUUAUUAUGUUAGUUCUUACAGUUUAAUUAGGUCAUAACUAAAGAUCAUACAUUACACGUGUGUACAGAAAAAUAAUGUUCAAAAUAAUAUUAUAGUGUCUUCGAAAUUAUAAUGUACGUUCACGCUGUCAUCGCCUUUCCAAGCGUGUGCGAUGAUGAAUUCGGACAAAAACCAUUUUUACACCGUUAAUUAUAUUACUUUAUUAUUAUUAUUAUUAUUAUUAUUAUUUACUAUAAUUAAUAUUUAUUUUUUUAAUUAUCGU